AUGUUGUCAUGGAAUCCGGCUAAUUAUCGGUGUGGUCCCUUAUUCAUUCACUUGGCUGAUGUCGACGAUUCCGAAAUUACGCGGCAAGCGAUUGCUUUUCUACGCGAGAAGAAGAUACCGUUAUUGGCUUACAAAGGCGGUUUCAGUUGUAAAUAUGAACCACAUCGUUUGAUCUAUGAGCUAAGAAAAAGAUCUAUUAUUUUGACCGGACUUCGUACAUUGAAUGGUCGAAGCUAUUGGACAUUGUCGAAGCCUCUUGAUUUUGGAUUUGGUAUUGGUGUUGCUCCAAAGCCAUACAUGCAGCAUAAAGGAUUUCUAUGA